UUUCUUAAGCAUCUUCCUAUGAUCGAUCCUUCUCUCUCUCGAUCAAACCCAAACCCCCCAAAAAAGAAUCUAUCAACACUAUAUUACAACCAUUUUCUCAUCUUCAUAUCAUCAUACCAAAAAAAAACUAGAAGAGAAAGCUUGUUGUAACAAAAAAAAAUGGAUUCAAAUAGUAACAACACAAAAGCUAUAAAGAGAAAAGUUGUAGAUGACCUCGUGGAAGGCUGCAAAUUCACUACUCAGCUUCGGCUUCUUCUCUCUAAUCACCACAUCGAGACGGGUUUACUCUCCGGUGAUUCAGAUCUCGCUAAUGAGCUCAUCACUAAGAUCUUGGGAUCCUUCCAUAAAACCAUAUCGGUUCUUGAUUCUUUUGACCCCGUCCCCGACGUCUCUUUCCCUGUGGCCGUAGAGGGUUCACGAAAUGCUUCAUGUGGCGAUGACUCGGCGGCUCCGGCGAGUUGCAACGGUGGAGAUUCCGGAGAUAGUAGAAAGAGACUUGGGGUUGGUAAGGGUAAAAGAGGAUGCUACAUAAGAAAGAAGAGAUCGCAUACUUGGACCGUGCAAGCUAAAAGAAUUGAUGAAGAUAUAUAUGCUUGGAGGAAAUAUGGACAAAAGGAGAUUCUUAAUUCCAAGUUCCCAAGGAGUUACUUUAGAUGCACACACAAACCAACACAAGGAUGCAAAGCAACCAAGCAAGUUCAGAAACUUGAGCAAAACCCUGAGAUGUUUCAAAUCACAUACAUGGGCAACCACACAUGUACUCUUGGUGACCAAACGCAAGUGAAGACCGAGAUUACCAUGGAUUCGGACAACUCAUUGGCUGCAGCCACUCCUCAACAGGACCAUGUCAAUGCAAAUGUACAAGAGCAAGAGAACGAUAUCAGUAGUCUGAUCGUAGGUAUGGUGAAGCAGGAGGAGGAUAAUAACAAUGGUGAUCAGAUUAAAGACUCUAGUGAGGGUUCUUCAACUGACGGCGACUUGUCAUUGGUUUGGCAAGACGAGAUGAUAUUUGAUGAUUAUCAAUAUCAUCAGGAUCACUACUAUUAUGGUGAGACUAGUACUACUUCUCAUCAAUUCUCUUUCAUUGACAACGAUCAACUUUCCUCCUUAUUCGACUCAUAUUGCCCUUACGAAGGAAUGAAUUCUAGGUGAACAUCCAAAUGCGGAUUAAGGAAUCAUAAUCAAGCUUGUAAUAAUAUUUAGUAUUUACUCAUCCUCUCUUUGAGUAUGCUUAGUGGAAUGUAAUAUUGUUGUUGGAUAUUUGAUAAAACACCAUAUAGCAUAUAUAAUUCUCUUCCAA